AUGAGAUAUCUCAGGUCACAUGGUCUAUUCAAUUUGCAAUUAGUAAGCAGUAGUAUUGGUAACGCACUAUUCGAGAAUGCACUAUUUGCCGCUCCUGCUAGAUUCAAAUUUCCUAAUGCUAGUAACACUAGCAAUGGUAAUGGGAAGCAAUGCUCAAUCACUUUUAGGAAUGUGCUCAACAUGAACAAGAUAUUGUCAAAAUUUGACGAUUUCUCACCCAAUAAAGGAACAAGCAACGAUAUUAAUAAUGGUGAAUCAGGAUGGGAAUUCUGGAGCCGAGUGUACGAUGACCCAGUGCUAAAGUCGCAAAUAACUGAUCGCUUCCAUAAUGCACCAACUGUAUCAGAGAUGUUAACAAGCGAAAAACUCAUUCGCGCGCAACUUACAUUUCUAAAUGUACCACGAAUCGGUGCUGCUUCCCAGCAGAUUAUUCGAUCUCUUAUCGAAAGCGAAUGCGGAAAAAAUAUUGCUAUAUUCGAUAUUGCCAUCAGUAACCGGCGUUGGCGUGUCCGCUUCUAUCGCUGCGAAGACGCUCUGGAAGUUCACCGGGCCUUUGACGGUUACCGUUUUCGAAACCGAUUCUUGUCGGUUCGUUAUGAGGAUUAUGUUACUUGUAAGAUUUUUGAGUUGGAGAAGCAACCAACCGGGUCGGAAUUGGAGUCCAAAAUAGGCUAUCCAUCGGAUAUGAAUAUUUCCUCUAAUAUCGAGAAAAACACGUGGGAUGCUAUCGAAUCUACCCAGAUUAAACUAUUCAAAAAUGAUUUGAUAAGACUGCUAGAAAAUGCGGGCAAAAAUAAUCCAGGCAUUUGUAUCGAUGACCCGCGUAUCACACAGCUCAGAUCUUGUGAAUCAGCGCUUAUCGAGGCAAUGCUAAAACAAUGGCCUGUUGGUCUAUUUCGCAUGUGUGCUCCGCAGGUUUGUAUGACCGGAAGAUACCUUAGCUUGGGUCACCAAAGUCAAAGCUCUGUGUUAAGCAAAGUCGAUAUCGAGUCGUACCCACGGAUAUACGUCGAGACAUGGGAACCUCUUGCGCCAACAAUAAUUCACACCAAGUAUCAUCUAGUGGAUUACUCUUGCGCCCUUUUGCGUCAUUUCGGUGCGCAACAAAUACAAGUGGACCUACCAUGGCGAAUUCUAACGACCCUUCUUCCAUCCAGUGCAGACUGGCCACAAGAUUCUGUAGAACUAAUGAAUUUGGUAGCCAAAUUAUCGCCUCAUACAAGCAUAUUUGGAGGAACGUUAUUCCUAGUGACUGACGAAUGUCACAGACGAGCACUGGCGGAAAAACUGUUACAUUUACCGGAAUGA